AUAAACUCUCCCUGGACCAACGGCAUCGAAUCGUGUCCCAGCAGCCAGUGACCUGACCUGACCUCACUCACAGGCUCGCACACGCUGAUCUGACCAGCCAGCUCUCGGCAGCCACACGGCCGGCCAUGGCGGCAGCGGCUAGGCAAGCCAGGCCUGCGGCCGGAGCGGGGGCCCUGCUGGCUCUCGCUGUGUGCCUCCUGCCGGCGGUGGCCCGCGCGCAGCUCCGGGUGGGGUUCUACGACACCACCUGCCCCAACGCCGAGGCGCUCGUCCGCCAGGCCGUCGCCGCGGCGUUCGCCAGGGACGCCGGCAUCGCCGCGGGGCUCAUCCGCCUCCAUUUCCACGACUGCUUUGUCAGGGGCUGUGAUGGUUCGGUCCUCCUGACUGUGAACCCCGGCGGCGGCCAGACGGAGCGCGACGCCGCUCCGAACAACCCGAGCCUCCGCGGCUUCGACGUGAUCGACGCCGCCAAGGCCGCCGUGGAGCGGAGCUGCCCGCGCACCGUGUCGUGCGCGGACAUCGUGGCCUUCGCCGCCCGCGACAGCAUCAGCCUCACCGGCAGCGUCUCGUACCAGGUCCCCGCGGGCCGGCGCGACGGCCGCGUGUCCAACGCGUCGGAGACCGUCGACCUGCCCCCGCCCUCGUCCACCGCGAAGAACCUCACCGACCUGUUCGCCGCCAAGAACCUCAGCGUGGAGGACAUGGUCGUCCUCUCGGGCGCCCACACCGUCGGCCGCUCCUUCUGCAACUCCUUCGUCGGCCGCGUCUGGAACCAGACCGCGACGCCCCCUGCCGCCAUCGUGGACGCGGGGCUGAGCCCGUCGUACGCGGCGCUGCUGCGCGCGCUGUGCCCGUCGAACACGACGCAAUCGACGCCCAUCACGACGGCCAUGGACCCCGGGACGCCCAACGUGCUGGACAACAACUACUACAAGCUGCUGCCGCGCGGCAUGGGGCUCUUCUUCUCCGACAACCAGCUGCGCGUGGACCCGCGGAUGGCCGCGCUGGUGGGCAGCUUCGCGGCCAACGAGACGCUGUGGAAGGAGAAGUUCGCGGCGGCGAUGGUCAAGAUGGGCCGCAUCCAGGUGCAGACGGGGACCUGCGGGGAGGUCCGGCUCAACUGCAGCGUCGUCAACCCGACGUCCUCGUCGUCGUCGUCCAUCGAGCUGCCUUCCAGCGCGCCGGCCGUCGACGAGGAUGCCAUCGCCACGAGCUAAAUCUGAUGAUGCCUCUCCGGCCGUCGUCGAUCGAUUCAAGAUUUGCGCACGUUUCAUUUCUAUCUUGAUUUCGUCGCGUGGACGACACUGUUGUUUUUGCUACGUCGAUGGCAGGCUUUUGGACUUACCGAUGCGAUCAUCUCUGUGACGGUGAGCAUCUGCGUCUUACAUAUAAAGUCUGCACUUGAACUUUCAGUGGUCGACUAAUAAGCACGUACGCGAGCGUGUUUCGUGUUGUUGCCAUGAUACUGUUGGUCUGAGAUUAUCGACGAACACGAGAGUUUGUCA